UCGUGUUCCGAAGAACAAUGAUGAGGGAGUGGAACCAGAUCUCUGGCUGCCUGCUGAGGCUCCAGGAGAGCAGAGCCAGCCUGGCCGGCUCCCUUUCUCUUUUGCUGCUGGGACCUCCGUGAGGACCAUCUGCCUCGGGGCUUCUUCAGGGCUGCGUGGUUGGAAUUCUCUCCCUCACUCCGGAAUUUAGCUCAUCCACUUGGGACUGGCCUUGAAGGGACCCAAGGCAUUUCCCAACUUGGCCCAAGUCCUAGGCUGGAGGGUGGCUGCUGAUGACCGAGGAAAACUCGGAGCCCCAGAAGCCUCAGGAAGCCCCAGACACAAUUUCUCUGGCUUUUGGAAGGGGAAGGGCUUCCUUACCCGGGUGGCAGGAGCCACUGAAUGAAUGAAUUGGCCUUCUUGGCUUGGCUCAGGCCAAGUGCCUCCGCAGUGACUGAGAUGAGAGCAGACCCACAAUAGGGAAACAAAAGGGCUGCUACCAGACUGAAUGGAAAGACUGCUUGCUAUGGACUUCCUCUGUCCAGAGGAUUCCAGGAGGACCGCCCUUUUGACCUGUGCACCGAUGUGACCGACCGGGGCUGUACUCUGGCUUUGGGAAGGUGGGCUUCCGUGACAGGGGAACAAGUCUUGUUUCGGAGGUGAGGAGUGGGUGGGAGAGUCUGCUGCUUUGUAGCCCCAGGCAAGGGACUCUGGCCCAGCCUUGUCGGAUUGUUUCCAUUUGGGCAUUUCAUUAGUGUGGGGCCCCUCCUCCUGAUAUUAACCAUAUCCAUGGCAUAGGGAGAAAUACUCAGAAGAGAGAAGUCUGGCCAGGUCUGCCCGGCUGUGGGAGGGAUUUGGCUGUGAGCCGAGUACUGGACAGACAGCAGUGAGGAGUGCCCCUGGGGGCCAGAGGUGGCCCAGAUUUGCAUGAUGGAUGACUCCAGUAUUCUUCGGAGGAGAGGGCUACAGAAGGAGCUGAGCCUUCCAAGAAGAGGCAGCUUAAUCUCUUCUCUUGGUCGAGGAAACAGUGAUGUCCAUCCGCACUUGCCCUCUUCGGCAUCGGCACCCGCCCUGUGCCACCCCCAGCUUCCUCUCAGUGCUGACGGUGCCCUUGCCACGGCUCCUCCGGUCUUUUUCCUGAACCCGCCCAUCCAGAGUGGCCCUGGAAGCUGCCACCCAUUCCCAUGGAGUUGUAGGACAAGCAACCGAAAGAGCCUGAUUGUUCCAUCCAGCACAUCCCCAACCCUGCCCCGGCCCCACUCACCACUCCAUGGCCACCCAGGUGGGAGUCCUCUGGACAGCCCCCGGAAUUUCUCUCCGAAUGCUCCAGCCCCACACUUCUCCUUCGUUCCUGCCCGCAGCCAUGGACACAGAGCAGACAGGACGGAUGGACGGCGCUGGUCCUUGGCCUCUCUGCCUUCCUCUGGCUAUGGAACCAACACCCCUAGCUCUACUGUUUCCUCAUCCUGCUCCUCCCAGGAGAAGCUGCACCAGCUGCCCUUCCAGCCCACAGCGGAUGAGUUGCACUUCCUGACGAAGCAUUUCAGCAGCGAGAGUGUCCCAGACGAGGAGGGGCGCCAGUCGCCAGCCAUGAGGCCCCGCUCGCGCAGCCUCAGCCCUGGCCGCUCCCCAGUCUCCUUUGACAGUGAAAUAAUAAUGAUGAAUCAUGUGUACAAAGAAAGAUUCCCCAAGGCCACGGCGCAGAUGGAGGAGCGGUUGGCAGAGUGUAUCGCCUCAAAUGUGGCCGAGGAUGUGCUGCCCUUGGCGGACGGGGCCCUGAGCUUUAUCCACCAUCAGGUCAUUGAGCUGGCCCGGGACUGUCUGGAUAAGUCCCGUGAUGGGCUCAUUACGUCCCGCUACUUCUUUGAACUUCAGGAGAAUUUGGAGAAGCUUCUGCAAGAUGCCCACGAGCGUUCAGAGAGCACAGAGGUGGCCUUCGUGACUCAGCUGGUGAAGAAACUGAUGAUCAUUGUGGCCCGGCCUGCCCGGCUCCUGGAGUGUCUGGAGUUUGACCCCGAGGAGUUUUACCACCUGCUGGAGGCUGCUGAAGACCACGCCAAGGAGGGCCAGGGUAUCAAAGGUGACAUCCCGCGCUACAUCAUCAGCCAGCUGGGCCUCGCUCGGGAUCCGCUGCAGGAAAUGGCCCAGCUGAACAGCUAUGACAGCCCAGACACUCCUGAGACAGAUGACUCAGUUGAGGGCCGGGGGGCUGUUUUACAGGCCAAGAAGACGCCGUCUGAGGAGGAUUUUGAGACAAUCAAGCUGAUCAGCAACGGCGCCUAUGGGGCCGUGUUCCUGGUGCGUCACAGGUCCACCCGGCAGCGCUUUGCCAUGAAGAAGGUCAACAAGCAAAACCUCAUCCUGCGCAACCAGGUCCAGCAAGCCUUUGUGGAGCGCGACAUCCUCACCUUCGCCGAGAACCCCUUUGUCGUCAGCAUGUUCUGCUCCUUCGAGACCCGGCGCCACCUGUGCAUGGUCAUGGAGUACGUGGAAGGGGGUGACUGUGCCACACUGCUGAAGAACAUCGGGGCGCUGCCUGUUGACAUGGCACGUAUGUACUUUGCUGAGACAGUGCUGGCGUUGGAAUACUUGCACAACUAUGGCAUCGUGCACAGAGACCUCAAGCCUGAUAACCUCCUGAUAACAUCCAUGGGCCACAUCAAACUGACCGACUUUGGGCUUUCCAAGAUUGGCCUCAUGAGCCUAACCACCAACCUGUAUGAGGGCCACAUUGAGAAGGAUGCCCGGGAGUUCCUGGACAAGCAGGUAUGUGGGACCCCCGAGUACAUCGCUCCCGAGGUGAUCCUGAGGCAGGGCUACGGGAAGCCUGUGGAUUGGUGGGCCAUGGGUAUCAUCCUCUACGAAUUCCUCGUGGGCUGUGUCCCUUUCUUCGGGGACACUCCAGAGGAGCUGUUUGGACAAGUGAUCAGUGAUGAGAUUGCAUGGCCGGAAGGUGACGAUGCCCUUCCUCCUGAUGCUCAGGACCUCACCUCCAAGCUGCUUCACCAGAACCCCUUGGAAAGGAUGGGCACAGGCAGUGCCAGCGAGGUGAGGCAGCAUCGUUUCUUCAAGGACCUGGACUGGACGGGCCUGCUGCGUCAGAAGGCCGAGUUCAUUCCCCAGCUGGAGUCGGAGGAUGACACGAGCUACUUUGACACUCGCUCAGAACGGUACCGGCAUGUAGAUUCAGAGGAUGAGGAUGAUGCCAACGAUGAUGACCACGUGGAAAUCCGUCAGUUCUCGUCAUGCUCCCCGAGGUUUAGCAAGGUGUACAGCAGCCUGGAGAGGCUCUCCCUGCGUGAGGAACGCAGGGCCCCGCCCCCCACCAAGCGCAGCUUCAGUGAGGAGAAGGACGACAAGUUGGACGGGCUCAGCGGCCUCAAGGGCAAAGACCGGGGCUGGGUGAUCGGCUCCCCUGAGAUACUGCGGAAGCGGCUCUCCGCGUCCGAGUCCUCCCACACGGAGAGCGACUCCAGCCCCCCUCUUGGGGCGCGGCGGCGCUGUUCGGGGGCACUGGACGUCCCCCGCUUCCCAGACGCAUUGGAUGAGGCUGGCAGCAGCCCCCGGCAGAGCCAGCAGCUGACAGAGGGCCCGGCGUUCCUGACUCCGCAGCCCAGAGAGGGCGGCCCUGGGUCCAGCCCUGAACAGCUGGGAGAGCAGAAGGCCCAGGGGGACAAGGAGCCAGGCGGGAGUCCUGUGAGUAUCUGUGCCCAGCAAGGCCGCCGGAACAGCCACGAGGGCCUGGAGACCUCCACGCCCAAGGCCAUCAGUGAUCUGGCCGUGCGGCGGGCUCGCCACCGCUUGUUGUCUGGGGAGUCCGGAGACAAGCGCACCCCCAGGCCCACCAACAAAGUCAUCAAAUCGGCCUCGGCCACCGCCCUGUCACUUCUCAUCCCCUCAGACCACCAUGGAUGCUCCCCCUUGGCCAGCCCGAUGUCCCCCCACUCCCAGUCAUCCAACCCUUCGUCUCGGGACUCGUCCCCGAGCAGAGACUUCUCUCCGGCCAUCGGUCACCUGAAACCGCCCAUCGUCAUUCACCGGGCUGCCAAGAAGUACGGCUUCACCUUGCGAGCCAUCCGGGUCUACAUGGGUGACACUGAUGUUUACACCGUGCACCACAUGGUUUGGCACGUGGAGGAUGGGGGCCCAGCCAGCGAGGCAGGACUGCGGGAGGGCGACCUCAUCACACACGUCAAUGGCGAGCCCGUGCACGGGCUGGUGCACACGGAGGUGGUGGAGUUGAUCCUGAAGCAGAGUGGAAACAAGGUCUCCAUCUCGACAACGCCCUUUGAGAAUACAUCCAUCAGGGUGGGCCCUGCACGCAAGGGCAGCCACAGGUCCAAGAUGGCACGAAGAGACAGGAAGAGCAGGGCCAAGGACGGGCCUGAGAGCAGGAAGAGGGGCUCCCUGUUCCGGAAGAUCACCAAGCAGUCGUCCCUGCUGCACACAAGCCGCAGCCUGUCAUCUCUCAGCCGCUCCCUGUCCUCUGGAGAGAGUGGACCUGGAUCCCCCACUCAUGGGCACAGCCACAGCCACAGCCUGGCUCCGCGUUCUCCAACCCAGGGCUACCGAGGGGCCCCCGAGGCCUCACAUUCAGUAGGGGGAAAUUCUUCCCAAAGCAGCUCGCCCAGCUCCAGCGUCCCCAACUCCCCAGCCAGCUCUGGUCACAUCCGCCCCAGUUCCCUCCACGGCCUGGCCCCCAAGCUGCAGCGGCAGUACCGCUCCCCAAGGCGCAAGUCAGCAGGCAGCAUCCCCCUGUCCCCCCUGGCACACACUCCAUCACCCACCCCGCAGGCCACGUCCCCCCAGCGCUCUCCAUCUCCUCUGCCUGGCCACGCCCUGACCGGCAGCCCCGCGGCCUUCCCGGGGAAGCUGCACUCCUCUCCACCCCUGGGCCGGCAGAUCUCAAGGCCCAAAAGUGCUGAGCCACCACGCUCCCCGCUCCUCAAGAGGGUCCAGUCAGCUGAGAAGCUGGGGGCGGUCCUGGGGGCCUCGGAGAAGAAGCUGUCUGCCUCACGCAAGCCAAGCCUGGAUCUGCCCCCCUGUGAGGUCAAGAAGGAGCUGGUGCUGCCCGGGGAGCCAGGGGACAAGGCACCAUUGGCCAAGGCAGCCACUCGCAGCCUGGGCACCAUCCGGCAUGACCGUGCUGAGCGCCGGGAGGCCUUGCAGAAGCAGGAGGCCAUCCGUGAGGUGGACUCCUCAGAGGACGAGGAGGACACGGAUGAUGACGGCUCUGAGAACAGCCAGGAUGGACAAGGACAGGGGCCACGCCGGGCCCUGCCCCGGGCAACCCCAGAAGGAGGGGACUUAGGCAAGUUCCUGCCUGCUCACGGGGCCCAAGAGAGUGCCAAAGAAAAGCCCUGUGUGCCCCAGGCCCUUUGGCCCAGGGCCCGGCCCUCUGCAGCCAGCCCUGGCACCCCUGUGAGGACACCGGCUGAUGAAGCUGCCUCGGGCACUGUGCCCGCACCGGUGUCUGACGAGACCCAGGCACUCCUGAGUUCCUCUGGUGCCCAGGGGUCUCCCCAGGGCCCCUCAAAUUUGGGGGAUUCUUGGGGGGCAGCCUCCACAGAGCCCACACUCCCCCGUGGUGACAGGCAGGCCCAGACCUGUUCCCAGCCAGCACUUACAGCACUUUGCCCUUGGCCAUCAGGGAGUCCACUCCCCACCAGCCCCCUCCUCUGUCCUGGUCCACCCCCAGAGCAAGCCCCCGAGAGCAGCUCAGGCCCUAUCCAGCUUUGGCCUUUGCCCCUGCAGGGGCCCACCCUGCCUCAGGGAGGGUAUGGCUGGGACACAGUCUCAUCCCAAGCCACCCUGAGCCUUCAGCCUGGGUCCAAGCUAGAGGGGCCCUCCAAGCCUAGGCCGCCCCAGGCCACACAGCUCGGCAGCCCUUCCCAGUCCCCAGCCUAUCUCGGCCCUAGCCUCAGCCCUGCCCCUUGCCCACCUUGGGAGCCCAAGCGCCCCUGGGCAGAGGAGGAGCUAGCUUUGGGUAGUGCCAAGGUGCCUGAUGCUGCUGGUGACAGCAAGCAGGCCCCUCAGUGCAAGGGGCAUCUGCAGCCCCCUGGGCGUGAGGAGACUGUGCCAGGGAGAGCCCUGCAUGAACCACACGACUGUGCCCUGGCUCAUGACGACCUUCUGAGAAGAACGUAGUUGCUGGCCCGGGCCCCCCGUCCCUCCUGCCUGUGUAAUAUAUGCUUGUGGAAAUGACUGGUGUGCCACUAUCUCUGUGGGGAGCAGGGAGAAUGGGGGGCCCUGGGGCCCAUGUGGCCCCAUCAGCUCCGGCCACCAGAGCCAGGCUUGUGGCUGUAGUCUCAGGAUGUGGCACUGAGCUGGUUGGGCAUGCUGGGUGACAGUGGCCACAGGCAGUGACGGGAAGCCCCAGGGAUGGAGGAAGGGAAAGCAGCGGCUUCUCACUGGGCCAAGGCCAGGAAGCCUCUCCCAUAUCCCAAGAGCCAGCUGCAGGCACUUGGGUGGGGGAAAUGCAGGCUGUGGGGAAAGAGAAGGUGGUCUUCCUGACUGGAUUUGUCUCUCAGGGUGAGCCUGGGUUGUCUGAGCCUCUAAGGAGGCUUAUGGGAAAGAUGGUAGUAGGGCCCGGGGCCCCCAGCUCUCAGCAAGAGAGGGUGUUGGGGGCCAAGGGGAAGGCGGGGUGCCGGUGGGGGUGGGGGGAUCUGGACUGAAGCAAAAACUGCAGUGAAGACAUUGUUCUCUUAGGAAGGAAGAGGGAUGGGGAGGGGGUGGCGGCAGCCCCCAGCUGUAAGGAUCAAAUAAGGCCCUGCCUCUUGCUGGGAGCAGGGAUCUGGUGUGUGUGCUGCCUGGUGAUGCUAGACUGCCUCUCCGGCCCCUCAGGCUGCCCACUGAUCUCCUUUCAUCCACCUGCUUGGGGCUGUCCACACUUCUGUGAAAUAAAAUUGUUUUUUCUGUAUGCAAGCCAGCAAGGCUUCCUGCGACCCUAGUGCUUAGGCCUAGGAGAUGGAGAUGGGCGGGGAGGGUAAGGAAGGGAGGCUGGAGGGGCUUCAGGGUCAGGACCCCAGAGUAACCAGACGUAGCUUUCUAAGGAUCCUGGGACUGUCCCCGGUUGGCCGAAAAGCAGGACUUUGAAGCACCCUACCCUGAGGUCAAGGUUGAGAACGCCGAGCUCCAGAGGGUGGGGAAAGGUGUUCUAGUGGUGUGAGGAGGGGGCCUAGUGACCCGAGAGCUUUCCCGGGAGGGCCACCUCAUACAUGAAGUGCCUCUUAGGGGCAAAGCCCUGGGGAAAGUGGGAAGUGAGGAAGAGAUACAUCCCUGCCCCAACGGAGCUCACAAAUUAGGGGCUGAGGGAGCAGGUAACUGUGAAGCACACCAGGACGUGAUCGCUGGGGCCACACCAGUGGUGCAGACCAAACCCCAUCCCCAUCGUCUCACCCCAGGGAAGCUCUCUCGACAAUCAGAAGGGAAUCCCUUGCCCACUGGGUGACCCGAUGCCACUCUUGGCCUCUCCCUUCUCCCACAUAUUCCUUUGUGUUGUGUGCUGCAGUGUCCCCCCCACCCCCAUCCUCGCCUCCCCAUUGCCCUCCAUCCCAGUUCUGAGACUCGUCUGACUUGUUGCUGUGUGCACCCUAGAAAAAAAAGCAAUAUGGAGUCCAUAAACAGACUCGGCAAUUUCCCCAAAGCCUCUGGCCCAUUCUCUUCCUCCUCCCUUCCUCCCAUCUUUCUGGGCCCAGUAGAGUGUUAGCCCAAGACGUGCAGGUGCAUCUUGGUCUGGCCUUGUCCCAUGUGGAUGGUUAGGCCCCACCCUGGAAUAACCACAGGGCUGGGGGAGGAGGUUCAGCCACAGUCCAGGGAAUGGCGUCAUGCACAGGCAGGCGUCCAGACAGGACCCGAGGCUGGACCUCCUCCAGGACGUGGGAAGUGUCCCGAGACUCGUGGGACAGGCUUGCUCCUGUUCUGCAAGGUGCCCCUUGACUCCACCCCCUUCUUCAUCCACGUGCCCAGUGAGGUGGUGGCUUGCCCCUGUGUCACAGCUGACAACUGGGAGGCAGGUGGUGAGCUCCAGUCUCCCUAAUUCCUAGCCAGGGCCUCUAUCCGCUAUGCCAUGUUGCCUUUUUUAUUUAUGCAGUGCCUGCCUAUGGGCUAGGCACUGUGCCAAGGGCCAGGGAUGGAGAUAGAUGUGAAGCUGUUCUGCUCUCAAGGGUCUCCCAUUUGAAUGGGGGUGCAGGGUUUUAGGGAGCCAGGACACAUGGCUUUAGUGGGAAAGGGGGGAUUCCAUGAGGCAGAAGCAAAAGAAAAGGGAAUUCCAGGCAUAGGAGACAACCUGUGCAAAUGCAUGGACACUGGACAGUAAUUGGCACCACAAGGUUUUGGAUUUUCUGCAACUUUCAGCCAGAGGAGAGGGGCAGGGGUGUCCACUGUGACCUGUUGCUUGUGGAAGCCUGAAUGCUCCUCUUUGAGCCCCUGGUGAUCAAAGGUGACCUCCAAUCUGGAGACAGAAAAGUAGACGUGCACUUGGGCAUCUGUUAAUCACUCAGUGGUCUUUUUUUUUUUUUUUAAAUAAUACUUGAGAUUGGGGCAGCUAGGUGGUGCAGCGGAAAGAACAAUGGCCCUGGAGUCGAGAGGACCUGAGUUCAAAUCCGGUCUUGGACACUAGCUGUGUGACCCUGGGCAAGUCACUUAACCCUGAUUGCCUCCAAAUAAUAAUAAUAAUACUUGAGAUUGUGCAUCCUCUGCUGCUACCUUUGGUGUCUCCUCAAGAUCUCUGGAGAAUUGCUCUCUCCUCACCUUACCAACUGUUCCAACCUCUGUGUCCGGGGGGGUGUGAUUCAACCACUCUGUGUUCUGUCACUUCAUGCAGUCCAUGGGGACGGUGGUGCCAGAGUCUGUAUGUGGUGUCUGCACCUUCCGUGAUGGAGGAGGAUGUUUCUUAUAGAAACACGGAGCCAUGGUUAGGACCCAGGGGCGGCUUCAGGCAGGGCAGGAGGCUGGGGCCAGCCAUUGGGCCAAGUCUAGACAGCGUGUGGGAAUGGAGCCGAAGGAGUGAGAGUGGGCCGUGAACAAGUGGUUCAGGACUCUUUGGAGUCUGCUUUUCUCAGUCUUCACUCAGUGGCCCACCGAGUUCUUCCAGCUUGUGGUCCCCCAUGGGAGGCUUGGGAUCCCAGGCUUGGGCCAUCGGCCAGGAUGGAGGGAACAGAGGUUCCUCAGAUCCUGAGCAGUGAGGAGUGGCGCUCAGGCGGGAAGCAUUGGCGAGCUUCCUUUCUGCCUGACACGAGGGCCCCUGCUCUCCUGGGGUUUACCUUCUAAGCUCCUUAGGGUUGCAGGAUCCUUUUAUCUCAUUGUCAAGCACUGUGUACAGUUGUUUCCUGGGCCCUGAGAUCCACAGAACCUGCCCAAGAACACUCGCCCAUCCUUGCAAACACACCUUGGCAGAGGCAUUCCUCCUUGUGUGGUGUUGGGGGGUAUUGCCCUGAGCUGGGACCCAGAAAGAGCUGCCAAACCGAGAACGCUGUUCCCCCUCCCCCCAGUAGCCUCCUGCUCCUAAGGUGUCAUUUUUGUAUGGUGAUAGUAGCUUAAUAUAUAAUAAUUAGAUUAUCCCUCAGAAAGGCAAGUCGUAUGGGUGGCCGGGGGACCUGGUUCAACAGAAUAGCUUGGAAUCCCAGUAGUAUGUAAAUUCGUCCCGAAAAAGCUGUGAUUGUAAGACUCUCCCAGUGGAACCCCAUCAUCUGUGCUAGCCCCCAAUGAGUGAGUGUGGGUGGGAACUUCUGAGAGCUGCAGGUCCCUCUGUGGAUUUAUGUAUGUUCAAAUAAAUGUGUUUUACUUGUAAA